GCGAGCGAGAGAGAGACCCAGGGGCGAGGAGACAGUAUUAGACUUAGAAUCCAUGCGGUGUGGAAACAGGCGCUUCGGCCCAACGAGCCCAUACUGCCCCUUGCAUCCCCCUAUAACCCACACGCCCCCGAACACUGCGGGCAGUUUAGCCUGGCCAGUCCACCCCGCCUGCACAUCCUUGGGCUGUGGGAGGAAACCCACGCAGACACAAGGGAGAAUGUCUGUGCGGAGUUUGCACAGUCUCCCGAGGGUGGGAUCGAACCCGGGUCCCUGGCACUGUGAGGCUGCGGUGCUCACCACUGAGCCACCGAGCCACCUCCUUCGUUUGACCCUUUGCCCAGCAGCGCCAUGCUCUCUGACACACUCACUUCCCCCUCUGUGUUUUCUUUUUCCCGCAGGAUUGCCCUCUCAGAGGACAGAGAGCUGCCCGGGAGGUUCUGUGCUGAUCUUUGCAGACACAAUGAGUGACGGAGAUAACAACCCAGCAGCCAUUCCCGUUGCGGUCGUGGACAUUCAGGGCGACGAACGAUGGAUGUCUCAGCAUAACCGCUUUGUGGCAGACACGAAGGAUAAGGAGCCCGACGUCCUGUUUGUGGGAGACUCUUUGGUUCAGUUACUCCACCAGUUUGAGAUCUGGCGUCAGUUAUUUUCCCCGCUCCAUGCCCUGAAUUUUGGAAUUGGUGGUGACGCAACCCAGAACGUUCUGUGGAGACUUCAACAUGGGGAACUGGAGAAUAUCAGACCCAAGGUCAUCGUGCUGUGGGUGGGCACCAACAACCAUGACCACACGGCAGAGCAGGUGGCAGGGGGCAUCGAAGCCAUUGUUCACCUCGUGAUUCAGCGGCAGCCUCAGGCCAAGAUCGUCAUCCUGGGUCUGUUACCCCGGGGGAAGGACCCGAAUCCACUGAGGGUGAAGAACGCUCUGGUGAACGAGCUGGUGAAGGGCAUGGUGGAGAACAUCAGCAACGCUUCCUUCCUGGAUGUGGACCCAGGCUUUGUGAACUCAGACGGCACCAUCAGCCACAAUGACAUGUAUGACUACCUGCACUUGACCCGCCACGCUUACAGCAGUGUCUGCCAACUCAUCCAUGCUCGGGUACAGCAGCUGCUGAGUGAGGCUUCCUCUGAACCCCCUAAUCUGGGCAUCUGAUUGCUGGAGGCUGCCACUGUCAACCUGGGCACACUGCUGUGUGGAUCCUGCAGCACAGAGAGGGCCCGAAGGGAGACAGGUCGCACAGUGAGAUGACCAAACUUGAAAGGGCUAUGCUUGGACUGACUUCUUCUGUGACCUACCAACUGAACCCAACCUUUCUCAUUCUCUUCCCUCUAUCUCUCAUUCUCUCCCCUCUAUCUCUCUC